GGUAGUUCUAUUCAUAUUUUGAAUGAAUCGUCGUAAAAUUAAGAGGAAAAGAGCGUGUUAGUGAAUUCCAUCACGUUCCACACUCUUUACACAGGAAUAAUUGUAUUUUAUACAUAGUUAGUUAUCUGUCAUGUUGGAAAAGUUGUUUUCUUCCUUUAUACACUCAAUGUGAAUUAGGUAGUUGUCUAUUAGAGGUGUCAUCUAUUACUAUAUUUAUACCACUGUCAGGACAGCGAUUUGUAGAAUGGAAACAACGACGACGACGAAAUGACAAGAAAAACAUAAAUCACCCAUUGUACUUGCAUUUCCUAACAGAGGAUUACGAUAGUCAUCUUAACUAGUCGCGCGGUGUUAAUAAGCAACAAUGGGAUGCAAAAGUUUGUGCUCGACGAUUUUUAAUAUUGCAUUUCAGCAAAAUCUUCCCAUUCACUUUUAAUUCCGCGUGUCUAGUGCACAUCGGUUAGUUUACUUGACGCGUAAACAGAUUUUUCCGUUCCUUUUUCUCUUUAUUCUCUUAUACUUUCUGUAAGAUUUUUGCUUUUAGUCAUUUGAUAGUUUCUUUAAGCAGUAGCAAAAGAUGACGGCGAGGCUGGGGGGUAAAAUUAAGUCAUUGAUGGCAUUCCUUGUCUGCGGAUACAGACAUACGACUGUGGCACUGUCAACAACGACAACCAGCACCGGAGAAACCGAGUUCAUCAUCGAGCAAGCGGAGUAUAGGAAAAGAUACAAGGAAUGGAAACCGCGUGACAUCGAUAAAAUUUUCCGAGAACAUCAAAUCGUCCCUGAUGUUGUUGACGACCCACCCGUGAACAUGUCUAAGAUUCUAUUUCCGUUCAACCACUCUCCUGAAUUCGGUAAUGAGAUGAACCUGUCCCUCCAUACACACAUAGACUGGGCACAGUGGCCUGGUACGCUGAACGACACGUACACUUUGAUCUACACAAUUCCUGACGUUCCGAGUCGGGAGAGUCCAACUUCUGGAGAGUACCAAGUAUGGAUUGUCGGGAAUAUCGAGGGACCGAUCUACAUACAAAAUGAAACGUUAACCGAAUACGUUAAACCGACGCAUCCGAAUGGAACAGGUUUACAUAGACACGUUUUCUUGGUGUACAAACAACCCUUUGGUAGGUUGAUUAAUUUUGACGAACCGUUUCUGGAUGCAAACACACCAUUGGAUCCGAGAAGAUACAAUUUUUCUACGAGAGCCUUUGCAAAGAAAUACGAUCUUGGAAAGCCAGCUGCUGGGAAUUUUUUUCUUGCUUACUAAAGAAUGAAGAAAGUGAUCAAGACAGAAAACUAGGACAAUCUCGUAUGCUCCAUCACCUACUCCGUUAGAACUAUAAGUGUGCAAUGAGAUACCGGUGUGGAAUUUGAUCAGCACGAUUCCAUAGUAUGACUUAUGAGGUUGCAUUUGCCCUGAUUCAAUGAAGCUUUAGUUCUUACUCAUUGCUGGAGUCUUCUUGGUCAUGUUUUAAAAAGAUUACGUAAAUUGCAUGAUUGAGCAGCAGUGUAUUGUCAUAGUUUUAGAUUUUCUUGAGUGUUUUUAAAUUGUGAUGUUUGUAAGAUUUUGCUUUGAUCUUAAUAAAAUAAAGAGGUACAUUGAAAAGGUACAUCAUAA